GCGGACGCAGCCUACCUCCUGGGCGAGCAGCUGUGUUCUGAGGCCCCCGCCCAGCUGGAAACCACAGCGGGAGGGGAGGGAAGGGAGGGGAGAGAAGAGAGGAGGGGAGAAGAGAAGAGAGGAGACCACCAUGGGGCCGUGGAGUCGAGUCAGCGUGGCCAAAUGCCAGAUGCUGGUCACCAGCCUCUUUGUCCUGCUGCUGGGCCUUGCCGUGGCCACCAUGGCGGCUCUCACCUACUUCGGGGCCCACUUUGUGGUCAUCGGCCGCACAUCAUCAGAGAGGACCUCCUACGAGGCCAGGCACCGCUGGGCCUUCUACGUGGGCAUCAGCCUGGCUGGGCUCCUGACCCUGGGCGCCGUGCUGACCGCCGUAGCCACUGUGAGGGAGGCCGGGGGCCUCAUGGCUGGGGGCUUCCUGUGCUUUGCUCUGGUGUUCUGCGCCCUGGUGCAGGUGGCCUUCUGGAGACUCCGAAAUCCUGCCCAGGUGGAGGAUGCCGUGCUGGACACCUACGAUCUGGUGUAUGACCAUGCGGUGAAGAGCUCGUCCGGCGUCUGGCGGCAGGAGCUGGUGGCCAUCCAGGACAUGUUCCUGUGCUGUGGAAAGGGCUCUCCUUUCAGUCUCCUGGGGAGCUCGGAGGCUGACCUGUGUCGGGGAGCGGAGGCUGCGAGACAGGACUGCCUGCAGGGCAUCGGGCGCUUCCUGAGCACUCACCGAAACAUCAUCUUCACCCUGACCAGCGUCGGCCUCGCCUCCAUGGUGUACGCGAUGCUGCUCAGCUCCUUUCUCUGGUUCGCCAUCCGCUCUGGCCGCAGCUUGGACCACAAAGGCAGAUACACCCUGAACCCACGAGCCCACGGCUGCCAGUCCCAGGGGCCCGGCUUCAUCAGAUGCUCCCGGUGGGGGCCUGCACUUCAACACCCGCCUGAAGCAGAUGCUCUUGAUGGCCAUCUGGGCCCACACGGACCCUCAGACAGCCCCCGGCUGCUCCAGGACAACUGACACUGUUUCAGUUGCCAUCCUGUCACCCGUCUGCCCACAGAGAUGAAGACACUCUGGCCUGGGCCCAUGUGGUUCCUGUGAGGAGGAUGUGAGCUGUUUCCUCCACACCGUGGUGGGAUGGGGAAGGAGGAAAAGACCCGAUAAGCAGGCCCUGUUUAAGCAGACGGAGGGAUCAGGGGUCACUCACAGAUGCCGUGGGACAGGCUGGGAAGUGAGUCAGAAUAGAGAAGCCAGAGGGCAGGCCUGACUGGACUCUCUGCUUACGGUCUCACAAGGUCAGAUGCAGGGUGGGCCAGGCUGGGCUCCCCCUGCAGCCUCUGGGAAGGAUCCAAUUCCAGGAUCCGUCAGGCUGUCAGCAGAAUUCACUUCCUCCGUCUUUAAGUCAGCAGUGGCUUGUCGAGUCCUUCUCUCUUGUGCUGGGAAUUUCUUUGACUUCCCCUCUCCUCCAGGCUAGAGAAAGCGCUCUGCUUUCAAAGGCUCGUGUGGCUAGAUGAGGUCCACCCAGGUGACUCCCCAUCUUACGGGGAAAUCCUGCCACAUUCCCAGUGAUCCUGUGUUCACAAGAUCAAGGCACUAAGGCAGGACAUUGGGGGGAGGGGCAUGUUAGAAAUUCUGCCUGCCACAGCCACUCCCACUGGACAUCGAAACCACCUCUCCAAUGAAUUCUUUCUAACUGUCUCCGAGGGUUUGCAUGCUUUGCUCAAAAUCAAAAGUCCUGGGUGGAACA